CGCCGUACUCGCUCCCCUGAUCUCAUCUCCACCGAGAAGCCAACCAAGAGUCCAAAAAGGGUCAGACGCCCAAGCUACCAUGGCGAACCCAUCCACGAGCUCGAGGCCGUCGUUCGCGGCUCCUAGUGGCACCAAGCUCAGCUGCCUCUGCUCGCCCACGAACCACCCGGGCUCCUUCCGCUGCACCCGCCACCGCAACCCGCGAGGGCGACCGCAGACGUCGUUGCCGUCGUCCUCCGGCCGCGCCUCGCAGCCUGCUGCGGCGCCGGGAGCCAGCGCGACGGUGCGCGUCGAGGGGAUCAUCAGGAGCGGUGGCGUCGGCGCGGGCGGACGGACCGGCAAUCUGCGCGCGCACCUGCUGCGGCUGGUCAGCCCGCCGUCCUCCGGCUGCAGCGACCACCGCCGCUGCCGCGACUUCAAGCCCCGCCCGUCCAGGCUGGGCCGCCUAGCCGUGACCGCGUGAGGCGGCCGGCCGCUGCCCACCUGCUCUGCUUCGCAGCUGGUAGUAACUACGCAGCUCACUAGUAACUACUGUAGUGGUGAACGGUGCGCCUCUAUUUCGCGCGCACCGACGCAUGGAUCCGUUUAUCUAGCAGAUACUAGCUCCGAGCCUAGGAUCGAGUACUACACUGGAAUCAAUGCUUUGUCACGGUGCUGAUAAUUACUACUCCUUGUAUGAAUCUGCACGCAUGUUCCUAGUAAUUUUUGCAGAGGAAUGAAACGGAUUAGUAGUUUCUGUC